GUCGCAUCCACGAUACAAUCAGCACCAUGUCUAAGAACGGAUACUCUGUUCUGCAGGGCCUUUCCGAAAAGGCCUCUGCGCGGACGAUUCAGGUCACCGUCGUGCCGAGACCGACUAGAUUCUCCGAGAGACGCGCCGUCUUGCAUUCGCUGCAGAAAUUCGCCAACGUUGAGGUAUUCAAGAAGCUAGAAAACCACGACUCUUCUUUCAUAUCCGUUCUCAGCGACAAAUCGAAAGUCAAGGACCUCGCCAAGAUGAGCCCGCUCAAGUACCAACUCGCGACGCCUCGAUCCAACGGUUCCGUUAAGUCGUUCCUGACCGGCUCGGCCGUCACUGGCCCCUUUGCCAACGCGAAUCAUCAAGAAGGAGUCGAGGACGGCGCUGCAGGAAUAGACGACAAGAAGGAAUUCACGGUGCACAUCUUCCCGGCCCCGACAUACAUACACUCCGCGGCCAUCAAGGCCCAUCCUUUGCAUGGCCCAUGGCCGACUUCACGACGAGAAACGACAAUGUCGUCUCAAUUGAGGGCAUCUUUGCCAAAGGAUGUUACGGCCGACGGCUUGUCGGAUUGGGAGCAUGGUGGACAGUCAAAGUCGUCAACCAGAGGCCAGCUAUGGGAAGAUAUUCUGCUCGGCUCCAAGUCAAUUGAUGUCAAGAAGCGCGCCAUCGUCGAUCGCAUCAAGAAAAGAGAGCAAAAAGAAAAGGCGCCCGCCAUUAUGGAAGGCCUGUUGCAUCUCAAAGAAAGCCAGCCCUGAUCGCCAUCGGACGCAGCAGUAGGAGACAACCGCAAACACCAUGCUACCAUUUUCUGGGGACAACGUCCCUCAAGCACGGAUUAAAAACCGUCUCGCAUCCUCGCAGCAGUUGGGCGUUGAUCACCAAAGUUGGCGCCAUUAGCCAAGCCCAGGAACAUCUGACAGCUACAG